AUGUCCAAGAUUUUCCUUUGCUCCGCUGGGUUUGUAAUUUCCCCCACAGGCAACCUGGACAGCGAGGAAGGAGCAGCGGAGCGCGUGGUGGAGGAUGUCUUCAUCCGUUGCUUCCUCUAUGGCACCUUCGUAGGCAUCAUGGCUCAGGAGCCAGUGCUGAAGCGCCGUGCCAACGUGCUGAUUGUCUGCCUGGUGCUGUUGCAGAACAUGACGCCCUCCAAGAUAUACUUCCUGGCCUCCUACACAGAGACACUCUUGUCUCACUUCUACAAGUGCCCCGUCAAGCUGGAGCUCCAGACCGUGCCCGGCGCGCUGGUCUACAAGUAUCUGUAGGUGGCCGCGCAGCCCCAUGGGGUGGGUGCCACCAUUGACCCAUGUGAUCCCGCGUGGUGCCACCAGGGGGCACCAUGGAUCCAUGUGAUUCCCCCCCCUUGUGACAACAUGGACCUAUGUGAUCCUGUAGUGCCACUAGGGUGUUCUGUCAGCCUGUGUUGCCCCUCACUCCUGACAUGCUGGUACUCCUCUGUGUACUACUCUGCGAUCCCUUCUGGCACCACCAGGGGGCGCUGGUUGCCACCCAGAUGCCCCUCCCACUUCCUCACCCCCACCGGCACUGUUGUCCCCCAAGCUGGGGCAGGGCCAGAUGUACCAGGGUAAUAAAAGGACUGAGCUGGCAAGGUGUAUGCCCUGGUGUGGUGGUGCUGGUUUGGUGCCAGGCUGGGCUGGAAAGGGCAAGGGGUUGGGGUGUGUAA